CUUCCGCAAAUAUUCAGCGCUCAUAACGGCACAUGAAAAACAGUUGCAUUUCAGAUGCAACUGGCCAUCGGUGUGGACGCGUUGCCUGUGGUUAUGACGCGGAGUCGACCUGCUCGUGCCGCUGCAGAGGAAGAUGCGAGCCCGUCCGUUAGCACUGAGAUGUAGGCGACUGAUUUCAAUUCAGUGAAUAUGACAAGAUGCCUGUCCUCAGUCUGUUUCCCACCCUGUUGGGCCUUACUUUGGGUUACCUGAUGAUGACUGCAUUCGGCCAUCCACCUGUAUCAGCUUGCAAAUUGACACAGAGGAUGGCUCUAUGUGAUGCCCAACAGUUGGCUUCUGUGCCCAGAGAUCUGCCAGAGAACACUGAGGACCUCUCCCUGAACAACAAUCACAUCGAGGGACUAGAAAAUGGCUGCCUCUCAAGAUACCGCCAGCUACGAUCCCUCAGCUGUGCAAACAAUCGCUUAAAAACAGUGGGGUCAAAUGUAUUCAGGGACUUACUCCAUUUAGAGAGCCUUAAUUUAGCAGAUAAUUCACUUCAUUAUGGUGAUGGCCAGACAGGACAGUCCCUGCGCUUUUUAUCCCGUCUGAAGGUUUUAGACCUGUCAAGUAACCACAUCACUGAGGACAUGGCCUCUGAGCUGCUGCAGAAUCUGACCUCUCUGGAACGCCUGUCUCUGUCCAGGAAUCUUCUGUCCAGGCUGGAUGACUCCAUUUUCAGCAACCUUCACCAGCUUAAGGAGCUCAACCUUGAGAGGAACCAACUGUAUGAGAUUGAUGGGGCUUUUGAUAACCUAAACAAUCUCCAAAGACUCAACCUAGCCUUCAACCUUCUCCCCUGCCUUGUCCAGUUUGAGAUGACCCAGUUGCUUGUGUUGAAUGCCAGCCACAACAACAUAGAGUGGUUCAUCACCAACCAGGACUUGAAAGAAACAUUUCAGUUGGAGACUUUAGAUCUGUCUGACAACAAGCUCUUAUUUUUCCCUUUUCUGCCAGUGAGCAGCCAGCUCCGCAAUCUUCUGCUUUCCCAAAACAAGAUCAGCUUUUAUCACCAUCUGGCUAACAUGAGCAGAACCAACUGGACCAGCAAUGUCGUCUUUUACAACAUCCGAGGGAAUGCAAGCAACGUCACGGCCGAGCUAUGGGAUGAGACUCUGCAUGGUGACAUCUCCUCGCUGGAGCUGCUCGACCUGAGUGGAAACCUCAUCGCCAACUUCCCUCUGGGCUUCCUUCGGCAAAUGCCCCACUUGUAUCAGCUCAAACUGAGAACAAACUGCAUGGAGUCCCUCAAUGUCUCCACUGGGGAACUGCCGGCCACCUUGCACGAGCUGGACGUCAGCAACAACAGGGUGACCGCGCUUCACACUGGACAGCGGGCAGUCAGUGACCUCAACAAUCUCACCCAUCUCAACCUGAGCCUAAAUGACAUCCAGAGACUCCCACCCAAGCUCCUCUCCAGUCUGCCUCGCCUGAGCACAGCAGACCUCAGCUACAACACAAUAGGGAUAUGUGACCAGAAUGAGGUCACAAAUGCUAGCUACACAGACUGUCUUGUCUGGAGGAAAAUUGGUUCGCUGAGACAGCUUCACCUGGCAGGCUGCAACAUAGUGGACCUACCGCCCUCUGCAUUCGAGGGUUCUCCUCUUGUCCAUCUGGAACUCUCAAACAAUGUUGGCCUCCACUUGAAGCCAGAUUCGUUAGCAGGGCUGGACAGAACUCUCCAGCACCUUGGGCUGGGGAAUACAGGCCUGUUGAACUUUGACUUUUCCCCAUUCCUCCACUUGAGAUCUCUCAACCUCUCAAAAAACUCCAUUACCCAGCUGCCCCAGUCUUUAAUGGAGUUGGACCUAAAGCUCUUGGACUUGAGUGGCAACAACCUCACCACCAUACCCUCUGAACAGGCCAGCAGGCUGGCCCAGACACUAGAAUCUGUGUUUGUCAAUGGAAACCGUUUUAACUGCUGUCACUUGAACUGGUACAGGACAUUUGAAAAACUUGUUAAUAUUGUUGACCUAGCAGAGGUCAGAUGUUUUGACCAAACACACAUGACACAGAAUGUAGUUCAUUUUGACAGACACAAAUGUGCUAACAACAGUGAGGAGUCCAUUUGGUGGUACAUCCUGUUGUUGUCAUCGGUGAUUGUCAUUUUCUUAAGCAUCACUGGUUUGAUUUUCCUCACCCUCAAGCCCAGAGUGUUACCCAACGCCAUAAAGAAGAAAUGCUGGAAAGCAACAUCCUACUAAUGUGCGCACACACACACACACACACACACACACACGCACGGACAAACACACACACACACAUGCGCACACACACCAAAGUCAUGUGUAUGUCAUCAGACAUGUUUGCAACAAAAUAGAUUGAAAGAAGUACAGUCAAAGAGCUUCAUGUUCUUCAUCAAUGUAAAUGAUUUUCUGCUAAAAAUGUCACUACGUCUUACCUAUAUUGGUACUCGAUGCCUGUCAUAAAUCUGAUAUUAAAAUCAUUCUAUUAAUGACUUGUUUUACCA